AUGGGCCGAUUAACCACUGAAGCUCUCUUGAAGCUGGGAGUAAUUGACCCAGAACUUGAUGGUUUUUUGAAGGCGAACACGAUCCAAAGCAUCGACUACAGCGACAUUCAUGAAUUCAAGAAAGGGGCCGAACAACUCGACGCCCAGAAGAUUGCUAGGCUAGGAGAAUCCCCCGCCAGCGUCAAGCGGUCAGAGACGCACUACACCGCCGAAGAUGGCAUGCAGCUUCGAGCACUGAUCUACCAACCAGUGACGCCGACGGCGGAAGGAGUUCCACUGGUCGUACUCUUUCACGGCGGCGGGUUCUGCAUUGGUAUUCCCGAAGAUGAAGAGGAGACGGCCCGAAACAUCGUCAACGCGUUUGGAGCAACUUGUGUCUCAUGUGCAUAUCGACUGGCUCCUCGAUUCAAGUUUCCGUACGCGGCUAAGGAUGGUUGGUCAGCUUUGAAAUGGGCGGCCGUCAACGCCAAAUCCUGGGGUGCUGAUCCGGCGGUGGGAUUCGCCGUGGGUGGUACUUCCGCUGGAGCUAACUUGGCAGCCGUAACUGCGUUUCUUGCUCGAGACCAUAACCUUUCGCCGCCGUUGACAGGGCUGUAUCUAGCGGUACCUUUGGUAUGUGGCGAGUCAGUGCUGCCAGAAAAACUUCGGGACCGCUUCAUGUCGUAUGAACACAACAAGGAUGCAUUGGUGCUGCCGAGGGCGGCCAUCGACAUGUUCAUUAGGGCCUACGAACCUAAUUUCGAAGAUGCAAUCCUUUAUUCGGUCUUGAAUCAUCCCAAAGGCCAUAAAGAUCUCCCACCAACAUUCUUGCAGAUCAACGGCAUGGACCCGCUUCGGGACGAAGCCAUGAUCUUUGCAGAUGUCCUCGAAGAGAACAGCGUCAAAGUUAAACUCGAGAUCUAUCCUGGUGUACCUCAUUGUCACUGGAUUUUCUUCCCAUUCCUCCAAGCUAGCGUGAAAUUCAGAGAGGACCAGGUUGAAGGCUUCGGAUGGCUCUUGAACCAGAAGCCUAGGCUUUUAGAAGUCUAA